AUGGAAGGAUUGAUUUUGUUUCUGGUUGCAAUUGUUUCAAUGGGAAUGGCAAUGGGUCAGGAGAAUUCAAGCUGGAACGUAUCAGCCAUGUACGUGUUGGGUGAUUCUUCAGUGGAUUGUGGAGCCAACACUCUCUUUUACCCAAUCUUCCAUUUAAAUCUCUCUUUGCUCCCUUGCAAUGGCUCCAAUUCCAUCCUUCUUCCCUACCUUCUUGCUAAUAAAAUGGGUUUGCCAUACGCCGAGCCAUUCUACACCCAGAACGGAACCAUUGACGGCUUGCUGAGAGGAGUCAACUACGGUGCAGCACACGCCACGAUCCUCAGCGCCAGCAGCCUUGGCCACCAGUCUCUUAACCACCAGCUGAGGCAAGUGUUCGAGACGGUUCAACUAUUGCAACUUCAACUCGGUCACGAAAGCUCUCGCCGUUUCAUCAGAUCCUCCAUAUUCUACCUUUCCUUCGGCAAAGAUGACUACAUAGAUCUCUUUCUUCGCAAUUUCUCCGGCGUGAUGGCUCAUUACAACGACCAUCUGUUUGCUGAUAUUCUGGUUAACGAAAUGGUGCAUGGCAUGAUGAACUUGUAUGAUAUGAAUGUGAGAAAAGUUGUGGUAAUGGGGAUAUUGCCAUUGGGAUGUUCCCCAAGUUCUUUCUUCCAGUGGCGAACUGAUGAUGCGAAUGAAAUAACGGGUUGUGUUGAGGAGAUAAAUGAAGUGAUUUUGAAGUAUAACGUACUGCUCGAAGACAGCAUUCUUAGGCUCAAUGAUGAGUUGCCCGAUGCACAUAUUGUGUUUUGUGAUCUUUACCAAGGACUCAACAAGAUCAUAUCUUUUCCACAUUUCUUCGGGUUUGAGGAUGCAAAGAAUGCUUGUUGUGGGCUUGGUUUGUAUGGUGCAGAGAUUGGAUGCAUCACUUCAGAUAUGGCCUGCAACCCUGUUUCAUCUAAUGUCUGGUGGGAUUUAUAUAACCCAACACCACGAGUUAACUCAUUGCUGGCUGAGUCAACAUGGUCGGGUCAAGAACUUCUCUCCAACAUUUGUCGUCCAACUACCAUCCAUGAUCUGGUUCACAUUUCUGAGCCCCAUCGUCAAUGAUUUCUUAAA